GCGCGGGCCCCGCCCCUGGCCGCCGGCCUCCCAAGAUGGCGGCGGGCAGCGGCCGCCCGCUGGCGGUGCCGCUGCUGCUGCUGGCGGCGGCGUUGGCGGCGGUGACGGCGCGGUUGUACCGGGCCGGGGAGGACCCGUUGACCGUGCUGACGGCCUCUACGGUGCGUAGGGCUCUGCUUAACUCCUCGGCGACCUGGGUGGUGCAGUUCUACAGCUCGUCCUGCGGUCACUGCAUCGCCUUCGCCCCCACCUGGCGGGCGCUGGCCGGGGACGUUAAAGAUUGGGAGUCUGCAAUUAGGAUCGGUGUGCUGGAUUGUGGGGAAGAAGAGAACUACGAGACGUGUAAAGAAUAUGGUAUUCACUACUACCCAACUUUUAGGUACUUCAAAGCAUUUACAAAGCAGUUUACAACUGGAGAAAAUUCCAGAGGAGCAGACCGUGAGCUGCAAACAGUUCGCCAGAUGAUGAUUGACUUCUUACAGAACCAUUCUCAAGAGUCAAGACCGCCUGCUUGCCCAUCGUUGGAUCCAGUUUUGUCCAGUGAUAUCACUGCUCUUUUUGACAAGAACAGCGAUCAUUAUACUGCCGUUGUGGUUGAAAGUAAUAACUCCUACGUCGGGCGAGAGGUUAUCUUAGACUUGAUCCAGUAUGAAAACAUUGUGGUAAAGAGAGCGCUGAAUUCUGAUAAGCCUUUUCUAGAGAAACUUGGUAUUACCUCAGUCCCUUCGUGCUAUCUGAUGCAUCCAAACGGGUCCCGUGGAUUAAUUAACAUUGUGAAGCCUCUUCGGUCUUCCUUUUCUUCGUAUUUAAAGUCGCUGCCAGGUGUAAGAAAGAAACUACUUUUGCCACUUGAGCUACCUGUUAAAGAAAACAAAGAGGAAAGCACAGAAAUCAAGCAGUGGAAAGAAUUUGAUAAAUCUAAGCUGUACAUGGCUGACCUUGAAUCAGGAUUGCAUUACCUGCUUAGGGUAGAACUUGCUACGCACAGGAUGCUUGAGGGAGCUGAGCUAAAGACCUUCAAGGAUUUUGUUACCAUCGCUGCUAAGCUUUUUCCUGGCCGUCAGCCUGUGGUGAAGUUGUUAGAGACCUUGCAAGAGUGGCUGGUGAGCCUUCCAUUAGACAAAAUCCCUUAUGAUGCUAUUCUAGAUCUGGUCAACAACAAAAUGCGGAUUUCUGGGAUAUUUCUCACUAAGAGAAUUGAGUGGGUCGGAUGUCAGGGCAGCAGACCAGAGCUGAGAGGUUAUACCUGCUCCCUUUGGAAGCUGUUUCAUACCCUAACUGUUCAAGCUGCGCUGCGACCAAAAGCAUUGAUAAAUACAGGUCUUGAAGACAACCCCCAAAUCGUACUUCAGAUCAUGCGGAGAUACAUUCAUCACUUCUUUGGAUGCAAGGCUUGUGCUCAGCAUUUUGAGGAAAUGGCUAAAGAAUCCAUGGAUUCUGUUAAAACGUUAGACAAGGCUGUUCUCUGGCUCUGGGAGAAACACAACGUAGUGAAUAACAGACUUGCAGGAGAUUUGACUGAAGACCCCAAAUUUCCCAAAGUUCAGUGGCCAACUCCAGACCUUUGUCCUGCAUGUCAUGAAGAAAUUAAAGGAUUACACAGCUGGAAUGAGGACCAUGUUCUACAGUUCAUGAAGUAUCACUAUAACAGUGAAAAUAUUCUAUACAAAUACACUGAAAGCCAGACUGAUGCCAGUGAAACUGAACUGGGAGAUAUGAGGGAGGCAAAAGACAAAAAUCUACUGAAGAAACCAAGUGGAAACAGAGAAAAUAACGUCCUGGACCAAGAAAACAUACGGGAUUCAGAAUCUAAGGUGUUAGAUAAACUAAUAGGGAAUCAUGGACCUGUAAAAGACAGAGGUAAAAAUGCAGUUGAAUCAGUUAACCGUGAAGAGAGCAGGCAGUCUGUAUCUUUCUUAGGGAUUGGAUUUUCCAACAUAGACAUGAGUCUGUGUGUCGUACUGUAUGUAGCAUCGUCCUUAUUUUUAAUGAUAAUGUACUUUUUUUUCCGAAUGAGAUCUAAACGGUGGAAAGUGAAGCAUUAUCGUUCCUCUGUAUAGACGUUUAAAUUGGAAACAACAUUUUCAUUGUACGUGGCUGUUCAGUACCAGAUACAGCUUUAAUAUUUAUGAUCAGGGAUUUUGUAUACAGUAUUCUUUGUUUUAAAACCCUUUCUUCCCAAGUCAUUUCACAAGUGUUCUAGCUUAAUAUAUGGAGCUUGCUGUAAGAACCCUCUUUGACUCUGAGGCACACGGUGCUGUUAUGAAGUACCCAGUGAGGAAAGCAUUGCAUUUUUCAGCUCAGAUUUUCCAUGACUUACCGCCUACAUCCUUUACUCAUUUGCAGAGUAAACAUUACAUUAUGCAAUCAACUGUGCCUGGUUUUGGAAAAGAAAUUGGAUAUUGUUUUGUGUACGUCAAGCUAUUUUUUUUUAAUUUAUCCAGAGCUGAUUUUACCUACCAGAGUACUGAACAGUUACUGUUACCUUGACUUCUUCAUCUGGAGAAGCAGGAAUUGGUUUUGUAUUUUUUUUUUCGGUGUUUUGUUUUUUCCUCCAGGAAACCAGAGUUCUAUUUUGAUUAAAUCAAUUCUAAACCUUGUGACUUUCUCCCAUAUUAUUUACGCUGCAUGUUUAAAGUGGAAGGCAUUACAUCUUCAAGUAGAUCUACCAUUCUCUCCUGUUCCAGCCAAGGAUAGCUGCUUCUAGGAUGAGAGGUUUGGGGCAGCAGGCAUCUCUAUAAGCAGCCUGAUUCUGAUUGCUGAUGCUGCCAUCCAUGCUAAGGGAGCUCAGGUGUAAGUAACAACAAACUCAGACCCCGUGCUGUCCUUGCUCCUCUACUGAUGUGUUAACAGAGCAUUGUGCAACUCACCUCACCCAUCUGUGAACCAGAGAAGUAGCUGAGUAAAUACUGUGUUAUCCUGUGCCAAUUCUGAUGGACUCCAGUAAAGGACAAUGCUGUUUUUAGUGAAGGAAAGUGAAGCUCCGUUUGCAUCAGUAAACCAGAGCAAAUUUGUAGAUCUAGAAAUACUACGUUUCUUAGGAUGCCUGAAUAGUUCCGUUACCUUACAGUAAUUUUUCUUCCUGUGAGUCAGCACAAAUCCUUCAUUUGGUAGUGCCAGCUCUGAGAUCAGAGGGAAUGCCACCUGCCAGCUGCAAAGCUGGCUGUACAGUGCUUAGAGCAGCCGAUCUCUGUUCUGCUGCUGGAGUGCUCUGCUGUUUGGGUCAAGAAAGGUUUUAACUGUGGUCCAGUCCAGGAGCUGCUCCGUUCUGGGAUGUGGCAGCCAUUGGGAAUGGGGCAGGUGCUUUUACAGAUCUGUCUGGGAUCCUAGCUGAGAGCAAUUACAAGACAGCAUGAAAACAGUUAUAAAAUUACCAUUCAGAGUAGGAGUUCCUUUCUGCUCCUAGCUGUGGAGGAUAAUUCACGUCCUGGAUAGUGAAGUUUAUAAUCCUAUCCAAUGUAAUUGAGCAUGUUCUAGUUAUCCAUUACCUAAUCUUUAGUUAAUCCUAAUAGGUUUUGGCCUCAAUGUUUUCUUGUGGCAGUGAGUUCUACAGAUUAAUUAUGUUAUAUAAAAAGGCUUUUCCUUUCAAUUCUACAUUUCCAACUUUUAAUUUAAUUGAAUGUUCGCUAGCCCUUCUGUUACGUGAGAAGGGGUAGAUAGGCCCUGGCCAAUUCUUUCUUGUAUCCACUCUGGUAGUGUGUCGUCGUCUUACUUCCAUCAUAAACCCCAGCACAGAAAGUUUAAAGCUCAGCUACAGAAAUAGUCCAAAAGUUGCUGGAAAAAAAAUCAAGUUAUUUUUUCAUAACCAAAUCUUGCUUAUUCACAAAACUGAGCAUUUUUGACCAGAGCUUCUGCAGCUUCCACUUGGAAUAACAAAAUUGAGCCAAAGCUGACUGCCCCUUUUUCCUUUAAGUCUCAAAACAACGUACGAAUGCACACAGCAUAGUGCAACCCUGUGUAGUUGUAAACAUGGCAGAAGAAAAAAAAAACUCCCUUUGCGUGACACUGUUAGUCCGAUGUACACAGAGGUCCAUUACCUGCAGUUCCUUUAAGCCACCUGUAAGUUCAUUUACGGACCUGAUGGCUCUUGCUCCUAUGCAAGGAACUUGACCCCAUGGGGACAGUAGCUCCCUGCUGGAAGCUGCCUUCUGCAGUUCCUCUCGUGCAGAGUUCUCUAAUUCUGACCCAGCAGCAUCAAGCCUGGGCUUCUUAAGGAUCCUCGCUGUUCUGAUGCAACGAGGCAUUGUGGUUUCCUACUUUUUUUAUAGGUUUGUAAGGGUCACUGUAAUUAUAGCACCUGGGCUUGAGUACUAAAACAAUUUUUAAGCAACUGGAAAGAGCUGCCCAAGGGUGUCAGGUUGUCCAGCCUGCUCGAUCUGUGCUGCUGUGCUUCCUGCUGGAAUCCAGUGAGAGGUCCCUACAGGACCUGAGUUGAGGGGAAAGCCCAGACUUGCCAAACUUAAGCUUGUAAAAUAGUCAACUUCGAACUGACCUAAUCUGGGGAAAUCUUGGUAUCAGCCAGCAAUCAAAGAAGUUCACUUUAAAAAAGAAAAAAAAUAAUAAUAAAAAUAAAAAGCAAACAGCAAAAGGCAGUACAGCAAGUGUUGGGUCUAGAAAAUUUUCCCAGUUUCUAUGGGACUGUGAAUUUCCUCUUGUCAGUAUCAUUGCACGUUUUGAAGCAGAAAAGCUGAAAAUUACUCCUGCUGUUCAAAAUUUGCUGAAUACAUUAACCUGAGUUUGUUUAGUUUUGACUCAUUAGUUGUGUUUUCAUCUACACAGGAAAGACAAAAGCUUUUGGAGGUUGGUAGGGCUGAUUUUGCCAUUAAAACAAAGCAAACGUUGUUAGAAUAAGAUUUGGGGUUGUGUUUUGGUUUUGCUACAUACCAGUAACUAUUAUGUUACUGUGGCCCUGCUGGAUACAUGACAAAGCGAACAGCUACACAGAUUUCCAGUGAUGUUUUUUCUUUCUUAAGAGUGUAAAAGCAUGAAAUGAAGAUGUCGAUUGUGUCGCUGCCGUAACUCAGUGCUGCCAUGUAACUGGCUCAGGCUUUCACUUUAAUUGCUCCUAGUGACCUCAGCUGGAAAGGUUUUCUCGACUUUGGGCUCAGUUGUGUAAAUCUUGGUUUACUUGUUCUUAUUUUGUAUCUUCAUAAUGGAAUUUUUUGUCCUUUUACGUACUUUGGUUGUAAAGAUGCGUUAUGUCUGCUGGGGAAUGUGUGAUGCUGCAUUGCCCCUCUGCACUACCAGUGUCACAAGGAAGUGUUUCCUUUUUAAAGACGCUUCACACCACUUUCUCCUUAGUCCUGGGACUUCUGUUUCUGCAUUGUGCUGUAUACCAAGUUUCUGCAGUGCUAUUAAUGCUUCCAGAAAGGAUUUCUGGCCCUUCGUAAUUCACAGAGUCUUCUACAGAGGAAAUAUUAAAGCUGCAUGGAAAAUAAAAGGAAUACUGUGCAACGUGGCUGGUGAGAGAAGGAAAAGGUGCAAGUGCUAAAGAAACCUGACUAAAUUAUUCCCGAGAACUCUAACUUUUGUUUUCCAGUGCUGUACCCAUCCUGCUGUUCUUAGAACCGGGUGGGAACCGCCGGCCCAACAAAAAGCCCCAAGUGCGUUCUCUAGGCGUGUGCAUUGCAUAUGAGAUGUUGAAAAUAGUGACUAUAACAGUUCAGUAAUUUAAAUGUUUUAUUUAUUUGAAUUCAGUAACUUGCUGCUUUCAUGUCUAUUCUUUUGGGGGAGUUGUUUUUGUUUUUUUGUGUGUUUUUUUUUUUAGCUCUCUCUAGGAAGGAAAAGUGACCAUUUUGUACUAAACUGUAAACUAAUGUGCUUGUUAAAAAUAAAUUGCAAACAUUUGGGCAAA